AUGGCGCUCAAUUCGACGCAAGUUGUCGCUAAAGCGCAAGCCGAAACGCGAGGAAAUUUUCAUUCGAUUCAAGUAAUGUUGGGCUUCCAGCAUGGCGACCUCAACUUUCCGCACGAGUUCCAUCACGACGAUGUUCACGACUUGGCGUCCACAUCGGCUCCUCCAACUUCGGCCGGCUGGCCCUCGUGCGCUCAGCAAACAACUUUAAACACUACAUCGGUGACUUCGACUACGAGUGGCAAAAAGAACGAGAACAAGAACAGCAAAAAAAGUGCCAAUGAAUCUGCUAAUAACUCCGCCACAAAGAAAAAGAAAACGAGGACAACUUUUACUCCUUACCAACUGGAAGAACUGGAGAGAGCCUUUGAAAGAGCACCUUAUCCGGAUGUCUUUGCUAGGGAAGAACUGGCUCUGCGUUUGCAGUUGAGCGAGUCCCGCGUUCAAGUUUGGUUCCAGAAUCGACGCGCCAAGUGGAGAAAGCGUGAGCCGCCACGUAAGUUCCAGCAGCAACAACACCACGUUCAUCAUCACGCCAACAACAGCGGUGGGACGACCAACAACGCAGUCGCGGUCAGCACUACUUCCACCUGUUCCUCUUCUUCGACCCUCCAUCACAACGCAAGCGGAACAGGGGGCUUUAGCUCGCUUCUGCCUCCCUUUGCUUCUUUCUCUUCGUACAAUACAGCCAGUCACAGUCAAGACUGGCCAGCUCCGGCCACCACUUACGACUAUUGCAAUACGGCCUGUAGUGGCAACGGAAAUACGGGCGCCACGUACGCCACGAGCUAUUACAAUAAUAACAAUCCCGGAGGAGGAAGCAACUUUGUUAGCAACUACAGCGCUGAUCCAUUCUUUAACUCGAGUUUCAACAAAGGGCCAACAUCGACAGGAUUUCACGAGGAGCAAGCCCCGAAUUUCCGCGACUUUUUCCCUCCACAACCGAUUAAGACCAGUCCCAUCGGUGAAUCUUCUGACGAUUUCAGUAAAUAG